UUUGAAACCAAUCAAAACAAUGAAAGUGAGUGAUAUUUGGAGAUUAGGAUUAUGUUUGAUUCUUUAUGUAUUAGGUGCUGUUAAUCAAGAUGCAAAAACAGCAUUGGCAUCAGAAUCUGAAUCUGAAUCUUCUUCUUAUUAUUCAUCCUCUUCGUCGAAGUCAAAGGAAGCGUAUGUAACCCUUUUAUACGGAGAUGAAUUCGUGUUGGGUGCACGUGUUCUUGGUAAAUCCAUUCGCGAUACAAGAUCCACCAAAGACAUGGUUGUCUUGGUUUCUGAUGGCGUUUCUGAUUACGCCAAGACUCUUUUACAGGCUGAUGGUUGGAUUGUGAAGCCAAUAAGUCUAUUGGAAAAUCCUAAUCAAGUGAGACCAACAAGGUUUUGGGGUGUAUACACCAAGCUCAAGAUUUUUAACAUGACUGAUUAUGAAAAAGUGGUGUAUCUUGAUGCUGAUACGAUUGUCAUCAAGAAUAUUGAUGUUUUGUUCAAAUGUGGAAAAUUUUGUGCCAAUUUAAAGCAUUCUGAAAGACUCAACUCGGGUGUUAUGGUAGUUGAACCAUCUGCAGAACUUUUCAACGACAUGAUUAGUAAAGUCACGACGUUGUACUCUUAUACUGGAGGUGAUCAAGGCUUUCUGAAUGCAUAUUAUGCUGGGUUUCCGAGUGCACGUGUUUUUGACCCAAAUAUUUCUCCUGAAGAAAUGGAUUCUAGACCAGUUUCAGAAAUGGAGAGACUUUCUACUCUUUAUAAUGCAGAUGUUGGACUUUACAUGCUUGCUAACAAGUGGAUGGUAGAUGAGAAAGAACUUUGUGUCAUACACUAUACACUUGGGCCUCUCAAACCAUGGGAUUGGUGGACUUCAUGGCUUUUAAAACCUGUUGAUAUAUGGCAGGAUGUUAGAAAUCACUUAGAAGAAUCUCUGCCAGGAACAGCAGGAGGCAGAAAUCCUCGAGACGUUCUUCUAGUCAAAUUUCUAUUUUUGCUCCCAAUAUUCAUUUUACUGUUCUGCUAUUAUCGAUCAUUUCUACAGACACGGUCUUUAUGCGAUCAUGCUAGACAUAUAUAUUACAAAUUUAAAACAGGAGGUGCACUUGCUUAUUCUACAGUAUCUUCGUCUACCAUUAAUUCUAGUCAACAGUUCCCUAAUGGUGCAAACUCAAUGGUGCCUGCCUUUCUUGGUGGGUUUUCUAUAUUAGUCUGUUUCAUAUCUGCGAUAGUGUCCCUUGGAUUUGGACUUUCCGUCGUGCCUAGGCAAGCGAAGCCAUGGACGGGAUUGAUUCUGAUGUAUGAGUGGAUAUUUACAAUUUUCUUUCUAUUGUUUGGAUGUUACUUGCACAUAAUAUAUAAAUGGGGAAGGAUGGUGGCAAAUCAAACAGGAAACCGCCCUGGAGAUUCAGAUUAUGAUUCUGAAAAAGGUCAUCAGAAGGCAUCUUGUGAUGUUGCACCAUGGUAUUAUGGGUUUGGGAUGGCCUUUCUGGCUGUUGCCACCCCUUUAGCGCCUGGUAUUUUUGGGAUUACAGCUUUAUUUGUAAGGUUAGGUUUGAUGGUCGUGGGAGGUUUAGUAUUUGCAUCUUUUAUGACAUAUGCCUCGGAACACCUAGCCAUAAGGUCAUUUAUACGAGGACUUGAAGAUAGGGAUACAUCAAGAUCAAGGAACAUAUGUGUUUUAUGCUGCUAAUCAAAAUUCAUAUCAACAACGAGGUUAUACAUUUGUAUCUUCCAUGAUAUGUGCCUUCGAGUACCUAGUUGCUGGAUGAUUGAUAAUAAGCCUUCAAGAUGAGGUUGCGUCAAGAACAUCCAACA